CUGAGCCAGGGGUUCCUCUGCGGAGUGUGAAAGUGACAGCUGGGCAGAGGGGAGUCCCGGAGGAGUACACCGCCCCUCCUUGCUCCUGCACAGCCCCAGGCUGCAGCCCGGGCCCCUGCACGCUCCCGCGGGGUUCGGAUCCUGCCCAGCCCCAGGCGCUGCACCCAACCUUUCCUCCCGGUCCCCCGUCCUCAGCCGCCGCGGGGCCCCCGGCUGCCUCCGCCGCCCCGGGGAGCCCCUCUGCCCCCGUGCCCUAUGGAUUGCAGCCGUCCCGUGGGAGGAGGUGCCAUGCCCUGUGGGUGCCCGGGGCCCUGCCAUCGGCUGCGCCGGGCAGCGCUGGAGUAACCCCCCGAGCCUUGGAUUGGUGGAGGGAGCGAGGGACGCCCGGGAUCCGGCCCGCCGCGCUGGCGGGAAGGCGGCUCUGCCCCUCACCUAACCCUGCUCCGGCGGGGCGCUGCCCGGCACCAUGGACAGUAUCCUGGAGCCCUUCCCCUCCGAGCGCCUCUUCCCCGGAGGCGGCUCCGGCUUCCUGGACCUGGGCGACCUGAACGAAGCGGAUUUCCUCAGCAAUGUGCAUUUCUCCGAGCAUCUGGAUCAUUUCUCUGAGAACAUGGAGGAUUUCUCCAAUGAACUCUUCAACAGUUUCUUUGAUGAUCCAAUGUUGGCUGAAAAGAACCCUUUACUGGACAUGGACUUGGACCCUCCUACUCCGGGCAUCCAGGCAGAGCACAGCUACUCGCUCAGUGGAGAUUCUGCUCCCCAGAGCCCCCUCAUGCCUAUCAAGACUGAAGAUAAUGCCAAUGACCUGGAGAGUGGAGUGUGGUCCCUUGGGCACAAGCUAUGCUCCAUUAUGGUGAAGCAGGAACAGAACCUGGCUCCAGAACUUCCUGAAUCCCAGCUUGCAGCCAGCUUAGUGCCAGCGCUGAACCUCAACCCACUACAGAGACUGCCAGCACCUGAGGAGACUCCAGUAGAAAUGACUCCAGCACCUGUGAUCAAAGCUGAGCCCAAAGAAGUGAACCAGUUUCUAAAUGUACCAGCAGAUGACUUGGUGCAGAUGCCUCCAACACCUCCCAGCAGCCAUGGUAGUGAUAGUGAUGGAUCCCAGAGUCCGCGGUCCCUGCCUCCCUCCAGCCCAGCCCGGCCAGCUGCUCGCUCUUCCAGUGCAAUCUCCACCUCGCCUCUCCUCACAGCACCACACAAGUUACAAGGGACGUCAGGCCCCCUGCUCUUGACUGAGGAGGAGAAACGCACCCUGAUUGCCGAGGGCUACCCCAUCCCUACCAAGCUGCCCCUCACCAAAGCAGAGGAGAAAGCACUGAAGAGGGUCAGGAGGAAAAUCAAGAAUAAGAUCUCUGCUCAGGAGAGUCGCAGGAAGAAGAAGGAAUAUGUGGAGUGUCUAGAGAAAAAAGUUGAGACUUUCACAUCUGAAAACAAUGAACUGUGGAAAAAAGUGGAGACCUUAGAAAAUGCAAACAGGACUCUGCUCCAGCAAUUACAGAAGCUCCAGGCCCUAGUGGCUGGGAAGGUCUCCAGACCAUAUAAAAUGGCUUCCACACAGACCGGAACCUGCCUAAUGGUACUGGUGCUGUGCUUUGUUCUGGUCCUGGGAUCCAUGAUGCCAUGUCUCCCAGAAUUCUCCUCCACAUCACAGACAGUGAAAGCAACUCCGGCACCAGACAUUUAUACAACCAGUAAAAUUCAGUCCCGGAGCCUCCUGUUCUAUGACGAGGGUGCUGGCUCCGUAGAGGAAGGCUACAGCUCCUUCCUCCCUGUGGAGCAUCCUGUGGGCCGGGAGACGGAUGAAGGGCAAUCUGAGGAGAGGAGACCUCAGAAGCGCAUACUGGGCCACCUGGCCAGGGCCCACGAGACAGCCAAGUACCUGAGCAAAUCCCAGCUGGGGGCCCCGGACCAGAACCAAACUGACCCAACUCUGACUCACCUCAAAGAGCAGAUCCAGGAGAGGGAGGCACGCUCCAGUGACGCAGCUGAAUCUUUGUAGCAGUUGCCGAACCUCAAGGCCUCGUCCCUCUGGAUGCAGACUCCCCUCCUCGCUGAGUGAUUGAGGGGACUUGGUGGGAGAGGACACUGCAUUCAGACACUGCCAUGCUGGUCUUGGGUUCAGCCUGUCACUUCCCCACAGCCCAUGUUAGUGCUGAUCUCUUGGAUGAGAUUCACAGUCACUGCCAGAACCAGGGAUUGUGUCUGCCCAAGCCCUUCUCUCCUCCCUGUGUGAGCAUUGCCUCACCAGUGUGUGUUCACCCUGUUGCUGGGCUGGAGGAGGAGGAGAUCUGUAUGUGACCUCAGAGGUAUCCAACUCAUUCCCCAAAGCCUCCAGAUUCAGGGGGCAGUGCCCAAUUCUGUACCCCUUGCUCAUGUCAGAUGCACUUGAAGGAAAGAGAGCUAAGUUUAUUACCUAGCUGAGAGGCUAUGGCCAUGGUAACUUUGGGGUUAGUCUCCUAGAGAAUUUGGGAGUGAGAUAAUUUCCUCCCCUCACUCCAUGGCUAAUAUGCUUCUGCCUCAGCUGAGAGAAGACCUACCUUGAUCUAGUUGUCUUUUGAUGGAUUGCCCACGUAACUUCCAUUCUGAUCAUCUGCAGAGAUCAGUGCACAGAUUUUGUGGGGAAGACUCCAAACUCUGAUAAAUUGACUUAAAAUUCAGUCCGCAGCUCUUGGAGAAACCAGAGCUCCCUAAGACAGAGCACGAUCCUCCCUGCCCACUCGCCACAGACCCUUCCUAAUGGGACGAAGUUCUCCGUCGUGUGAUGGUGAGGCCCCAGUAUCCACAAUAAAUGGAAUAAAUGUGGCUCACCAAAGAGAGCUGUGGGUCUCCACUCUCUAGAUGCUGGCACCAAAGUUACCAGGCUCUUCACCCCUUUAACUCCAGGACUUGCUGAAUCUGGUGUUGAAACUGUCUUAUCUCUAGCUCUGUGUCAGAGGCCUCACUCCAACCCAGAGAGGUUCCCCCCUCCCCACAAAAUCUCCCUGUAGCUACCCGGAAAGGCCCUGCUGGAAGAGUUGCAUGUUUCCUUGCUCCUCUUCCUUCAGCUGCCCCUUGUUAAAAGAACUGUUCCAGGCCCAGUGCCUGGAGCCAUCCCUGAGGCCAGACCUUGUCUGGGUUGCCCUACUUUUGUAAAUAGGAGUUACCAUGUCCUUGCCCAUUCUCACUCUCCUCCAGACACUUCUUUGGCUCAUUUUUCUCAACUUCCCCCAAAAUAAUAAUAAUAAAAAGAGGUCCCCUCUCAACACCUUGCUGCUGCCCUUCUCUCCUCCUCUGUCCACCUCCUCCUCCACCCUGAGACUGCAAAUAGGAGGUGACUCCCAGAGGAGGAGGGAUGGGAAGGCUCUCGCUGACUUGUGGACUUCAAGUCAAGGAACAGGAUGGGGCAGGAGGGCUGCCCUCACUUCCCUCUCUUCUCCAUUUUGUUUUGUUUUGUUUGACUCUUGGAGCCACUUGGGACAGACCUGGACACAGCAAACCCCAGCCAUGAUUCCACAUGCACUCUGCCAUGGGCAUUGGAAGAGGAAGAUCCUUCAGAACAACUCUGCUCCAGUCAAGGUCCACCCAGGACCCACUCACCAGACACCCACUGCACCUCCCUUCCUUGUGCCCCACUCCACAGUACAGAACCACUGUCAGGUCUGAGUAUACACUCUUCCCCCACGUCUCCUUACCCAACAAUUCCAUCUGACCGCCCACACGGGCCUCCCAUUCACACCGUUGUACAGAGACCAAGAGCAGAAAUUGUUUGUACAUAAUGAACCUUAUUUUGUAUUAUUGCCGACCCCUUAAGAUAUUGUAUUUUGGAGACUCUCUGAUCUUAUUUUCAGUAUUGUAUUUUAUUAAGAGUUAGUGCGGGCUUGGCCUCUAUGAAUUUCCACCCUUUUGGGGACUCUUUUUUCCCCAUAUAACCCAGCAGCUGCCUUUUCCUUUGUUUUGUUUUGUUUUAAAUCACUUUUUUCCUCCUGUCACUUGCUCUGCUUUCGCUUUGGAGAAGCAAAAUUAAAAAAAAAGAUGCAGCAUCA